AGUCAAAAUUUCCAAUAAAUAUUGAAACUUUUUUGUUGUGAACACGCAGAGGACCAACUGAGCCGUGUCAUAUUAUGAUGCUUCGGCUUAAACGACGAUUGCGCCUCUUGGAGGCGUCCGUGCUGAACAAGCAGCUGAUCAUGAAAUAUGUGGUUCCGACCGUGUUGCCCAUCUCUGUGGUCUACGGCAAAGAUGCGAGCGACAAGAAGAACGAGCCGGGCAAGCCCGCUGAGCCGGCCAAGGCAAGCGAGCCGAGCAAGGCCCCCGAGAUGAAAAAGGAAGGCGGUGAUAAGCCACCAGGCAAAGAUAACCCACCAAAGGCCGGAGCUCCGCCACCACCGCCGCCGCCACCGCCCAAGGAUGCGAAGCCACAGGGACCGCGCAUCAAGACCUUUGAAAUAUAUCGCUGGCAUCCCGGCGGCAAGCCCAAGACCCAAAAGUAUCAGAUCGAUUUGAACAAGUGCGGCACUAUGGUGCUGGAUGCCCUAAUCAAGGUGAAGAAUGAAAUGGACGGCACGCUCACGUUUCGCCGUUCGUGCCGGGAGGGCAUCUGCGGCUCCUGCGCCAUGAAUAUCGACGGCAUCAAUACGCUGGCCUGCAUCCAGCCGAUCGACAAGAAUUUGGGCAGGCCGUGCAAGAUCUAUCCGCUGCCGCAUCUGUAUGUGGUGCGGGAUCUGGUGCCGGAUCUGUCGCGCUUCUACGAGCAGUAUCGCUCCAUUGAGCCCUGGCUGCAGCGCAAGAAUGCGAACAGGGAGAUCGGAAAGGUGCAGUACUUGCAAGCGGUCGAGGAUCGCUUGCUAUUGGAUGGGCUCUACGAGUGCAUAUUGUGCGCCUGCUGUCAGACCUCCUGUCCGUCCUACUGGUGGAACAGUGAUAAAUACUUGGGCCCUGCCAUCCUGAUGCAGGUCUUUCGCUGGGUCAUCGAUUCGCGGGACGAGGAGACCGAAAAGCGCUUGAGCAUGCUCACAGAUCCUUAUAAACUGUAUCGCUGCCACACCAUACUCAACUGCACAAACACGUGCCCCAAGAACCUGAAUCCAGCCAAGGCGAUCGUCCAAUUGAAGCAGAUGCUCGUUGGCAUGAAGAAGAAAGAAAAACCAAAAAUGGAGGCUGAGUCGGGCUAGAAGAAACAGAUACCA